AAAACACAAACAACACCUGUACAACACAGUUCAGUUCAUCAUACUCGUCAUCAAAUUGGCCAAGGUAUCACCGCAACAGCGAAAGCAUAGUUAUCAUCUCCGCUCUUUCAACAACCUGUUGUGCAAUUGCCAGUAACAGUACAGAACCACACGCAAUAUUUGUUAGCAACAGUAGAAGAUAGGUACGGACGGCACAGCAAGGCAACGCAUCCAUUUUAUACCAUCAUGCACGGUAAGAAACGAGAGGAGUACAAGGCCAAGACCCGCGAUCCGAAGACAGCUGCCAUCCUGGCGAAAAAGGCGGAGCAAUGGUACAUUCUGAUGAAAGAGCUGCACAAUCGAAGGGAAAAGCAGCGGUCGAACGAAAGCGGGAGCGAAAACGAAUGUGAUUCCGAAACGACGUUGAAACUGUUGGGAAAGGCCUUAGAGGUCAACCCCGAUCCGUCGAAUUUGUGGAACCAUCGGCGGGAGGKUAUCCUCAGGGAAAUCAGACCUGACGACGACAAAAACGACAACCAGAACGAUAAAGCCAGCAACAUCCUGCACCGAGAACGGGUCCUCACGCAAAAAGCACUGGAGCGCAACCCCAAGGCCUACGGUGCCUGGUUUCAUCGCAAGUGGAUCCUUCAAACCCUCCGGCCUGCCUCGGAAGUCCUGCAGCAAGAACUAGCGCUCACGAAGCGAUUCUUGUCGGUAGAUGAGCGAAACUUUCAUUGCUGGAACUACCGGCGCUUCGUCGUGGCCUGUGUGUCGGGAUCGUGGGACGGGGAGUGGACGGUGGCUCUUUCAUCACAGACCGCGGCGACCACGACCCUGAUGGGAACGCAGGCGGUGGUGAACAGGGCCUACCACACCGAAAACGACGAUGAAGGAGAAGGCUUUGGUUCGGUGUCAGUAGUAAUGAUUCCAAUAGAAUCGAUGGUAUCCGAAUUCGAGUUUACMACCGAAAAAAUCAAGCAGAAUUUCUCCAAUUUUUCUGCCUUUCACUACCGAAGCCAGCUCCUAGACUGCUUGUGCCACAACGGCGACGGUAACGGCGAAAGCCCAACCCCUGAGGAAGGGUUAUGUUGUCUCGUGGAACGGAUCCUCGAAGACGAGUUCCAACUCGUCGAGGAUGCGGUUUGCACCGAACCGGAUGACCAGACUUGCUGGUGGUACCACGCCAUUUUGCUCGACAAGCUCCUGCUUGCGGUGUCGGAAGACGGCGACCACAAGAACGGAAGGACCAUCGCCGAUUCAUGGAAGUCCACACUGUUGCCGAGACUGGAAGAACAGGCCGAUUUGUUUCGUGAAAUCCUGGAGGAUUCCCCGGGCAGCAAAUGGGUCAUUCUGGGUCUGGUGCGCGUCUUGAACAUUCUGAGCAGCAACGACGGUGAUCCCGACGGUGACAACGGCGACGAACAAGAACAACUGCUACGGCGACUCAUGGAAAUCGAUCCUUAUCGGUCGAAACGAUAUGAAGAAUUACGGACGAAAAAAGAAUAGUAUAGUAUUGCAAUCUCGAGGUUCAUGUAGAAUAGAAUAUGCAAACAAACAGAUUGCAUUGCAUAGUACCCAAGUGGCGAGGCAGCUCGGGAAAGGACAAAUAAUGAUAAUUUCUAUGCCGUACUUCGUGUACAGUACAAUAGAUGUAGGCAAGGAAUGUUCCCUUCAUUGUGUCAACGAAAUGCAGCAACGAUAAUGGAUCCAAAAGUAAUAGUACAACUCGUUCUGAUUUUUCUACAAACGGGAUUGUGCAACGCCGCUGUGCUCGUUGCGACGCAAAGGAUUGCAUUCAUUCAUUGCUAAUGUUUCAUGGGACACAUUGUAUUCCCAAAUCCAAUCGCUUCACACCGGCUUCUUCGACAAAACAGCGGUGUUGGAACAAAGGUUGAUACAACCUCCCGUCGUUAGCUCGUGCUUUUCCUCCUUUCUUCUGCAGCCAGCGCCAUCAACAAUACUUUCAACACUACCCAACCGCGUGCGUUUGCCAUCCAACCCGGUAAAGGCGGACGUAGAGGUCUCCAUCUGGCUGCGUUUUUUCGUCGCCAGCAGCCGCUUACGGGUUUCUCGAAAAUCUUGAGAAAUUUUUUCUCGGGCCUUGUCCGGAUUGGCAACCGACCACCAGCCCCGGCGAGAUCGGACCAAUAUUCGUCCCCCAGCCCGGGAGAGUUCUUCUAGCACCAUCCAGGUGAUGCGUGUCUUUUCUUGCGUAUCGCUGGCGGACCAGUAUUUCUCAAAAUAGGAUUCCAUCACUUCCCGAUAGACGGUGUUUCCGGGGUUGUUUCGAAAGCAUUGGCCCGCAUUGUUGCCGAUCAAGAUAUCCAUGACCCGGGGGCAAUCCACUCCCUCGAAGGGGGGGAGGCCCAUCUUGAUUGAGAUCUCUCGUUCCCUCUGUGUUUUCAU